AUAUACCUAAAUAACGACACCAAAUUGCAAGUUCUCCCUCCCCAAUCCCCGAAUCCUAAUUACGCAGCCAAAGAACCCUAAUUCUUCAUCGAAAUUCCCUCGUCUACCAACAAAGUCACUCCCUGUAGUACACGCACGCAUAUACAGAAGCGUGGCUAGACACUGGGAUAGUUACAGCCAUGGCUUCAGCAAGAGAUUCCGAUCCGACAUUAGGGUACCUGACCCGAAAAGAAACGGAGGUGAAGCUCCCCCGACCUACCCGGGUCAAGAACAAGACCCCCGCCCAAAUUCAAAUUACCGCGGAGCAGAUUCUACGUGAGGCCCGUGAGCGCCAGGAGGCCGAAAUCCGGCCCCCCAAGCAGAAAAUCACUGACUCUACUGAGCUCGGAGAUUACCGGCUCCGUAAGCGCAAGGAAUUUGAGGACCUAAUACGAAGAGUCAGGUGGAAUAAAAGCGUGUGGGUGAAAUAUGCCAAGUGGGAGGAGUCUCAGAAGGAUUUUACUCGCGCUAGGUCGGUAUGGGAGCGUGCUCUUGAGGUGGAUUAUCGCGAUCACACUAUGUGGUUGAAGUAUGCUGACUUUGAGAUGAAGAACAAGUUUGUUAAUCAUGCGCGUAAUGUUUGGGAUCGCGCUGUUAUGUUGUUGCCUAGGGUGGAUCAGUUGUGGUACAAGUAUAUUCACAUGGAGGAGAUGCUGGGCAAUGUGGCUGGUGCACGGCAAAUUUUUGAGCGGUGGAUGUCGUGGCAACCUGAUCAGCAAGGCUGGCUUUCGUAUAUAAAGUUUGAGUUGAGGUACAAUGAGGUCGAGAGGGCAAGAGAGAUUUUUGAACGGUUUGUAGACUGUCAUCCAAAGGUUGGCGCUUGGAUUAGGUAUGCCAAAUUUGAGAUGAAAAAUGGAGAAAUAGCACGUGCAAGGAGUUGUUAUGAGCGUGCAGUGGAAAAGUUGGGGGAUGAUGAGGAGGCAGAGGAGUUAUUUGUGGCGUUUGCUGAAUUUGAGGAGAAAUGUAAGGAAACAGAGAGAGCGAGGUGUAUAUAUAAGUAUGCCUUGGAUCAUAUCCCCAAGGGGAGGGCAGAGGAAUUGUACAAAAAAUUUGUUGCGUUUGAGAAGCAAUAUGGUGACAGGGAAGGAAUUGAGGAUGCUAUUGUUGGGAAGAGGAGGUUUCAAUAUGAAGAUGAGGUUAGGAAGAACCCGCUUAAUUAUGAUGCAUGGUUUGAUUACAUUAGGUUAGAAGAGAGUGCCGGGAAUAAAGAAAGGAUAGAGGAUGUUUAUGAAAGGUCCAUUGCGAAUAUUCCUCCUGCUCAAGAGAAGCGUUACUGGCAGCGGUAUAUAUACUUGUGGAUUAAUUAUGUUUUGUACGAAGAACUUGAUGCGCAAGAUGUAGACCGUACCAGAAACAUUUACAACCUGUGUCUCAAGAUCAUUCCUUUUGACAAAUUUUCAUUUGCGAAGAUUUGGUUGAUGGCUGCUCAGUUUGAAAUACGUCAGUUGGAUCUUGAUCGGGCACGGCUAAUUCUGGGAUCGGCAAUUGGCAAAGCUCCGAAAGAUAAGAUAUUUAAGAAAUACAUUGAGAUAGAGCUGCAACUUGGUAACAUUGAUCGUUGCCGGAAACUGUAUCAGAAGUAUUUGGAAUGGUCUCCCGAACACUGUUACGCUUGGAGCAAGUUUGCUGAGUUGGAAAGAUCUCUGGCUGAAACUGAGAGAGCUAGAUCUAUUUUUGAGCUUGCAAUUGACCAACCCGCAUUAGACAUGCCAGAAUUGUUGUGGAAGGAUCCUAUUGUCAAAUUGUUCCUGAAUCUCAUUGAAGCAGUCAUCAUUUGUCAUUUCAAAUGUCUGCACCAGAAGAUUCGGAGAGAAUUAUUUAUUAAUUCAAAAGAAACUCUGGCUUACAUUGACUUUGAGAUAUCAGAGGGUGAAUAUGAAAGAACUAGAGCUCUUUAUGAGAGGCUUUUAAACCGCACAAAACACUUGAAGGUGUGGAUUAGUUAUGCCAAAUUUGAAGCAUCUGCUGUGGAAGACGGUUUCCAGGAUUCAAAUGUGCAAGAAAGUGAUUAUGAACUGAAGAGAAAAUGCCUUCAACGUGCUAGAGGGGUGUUUGAAAGAGCCCUUAGCUAUUUCAGAACUUCUGCACCUGAAUUGAAGGAGGAAAGGGCAAUGCUCUUGGAAGAGUGGUUGAAUAUGGAAAGUAGCUUUGGUGAGCUUGGUGACGUUGAUUUGGUCCGUGUUAAGCUUCCAAAGAAACUCAAAAAGAGGAGGCAUAUCGAAAAUGAGGACGGUCCUGCUGGGUACGAGGAGUACAUUGAUUAUCUUUUCCCUGAAGAAACACAAACGACGAAUCUCAAAAUUUUGGAAGCAGCAUACAAGUGGAAGAAGCAGAAGAUUGUUUCUGAUGAGGAUUAGUUGGUUGAGUUGUGAUUCAAUUUCCUCUUCAUCUAAAGUUUUGAGUUUAGCAGAGCGUCGAAGAAUUGCUUUUGUUGUCAUCUGAUCUAGUAAGCGUACGUUAGUGCUCCCAACUUACUCCCCUCUUGUUUGAAGAUGCGGAAGUAUCCGUGAUCAGACAGAAUGUUCAUUGUAACAGAGAAUGCAGGCUCUGUCAGUUUACCCUUUUUUCAUGGGGGAAAAAACCAGUUGUAUGGUUAAUUUUUGUAUGUAUAGUUGAAUGUACUUCACACUGAACGUGACUAUUGUUCUGAGUUUGGUCAAUCGUUUCUGUAAGUUGGAUUGCAUAGCUGUGAAUAACAUUUAAUUUCAAGUCUAUGAAAGCAAGGUAAAUUUAUUUUCA